GCGCUGCUGCUGUUUGGGACACAGACAGUCUCACGGAAAACAUGGCGGAGGCUGCGGCGGUCCCUCUGCAUCGCUUCUUCUGUCACUGUUGUAAAGGUGAAGUGAGCCCCAAACUGCCGGAGUAUAUCUGUCCCAGAUGUGACUCGGGAUUCAUCGAGGAGGUUACAGAGGAUUCCAGUCUUCUGGACAGUAGUUCAAAUAGUCUUGAUGACACAGCUUCACAGUUUGCUGAGCUAUGGCAGCUGUUGUUCGUGGAGAGGCCGUUCAGUCUGGAUCUAGAAAGUCCUGACUCUGAGCGGGUCCCUGGAGGGGGUAGUGGCUCUGGGAGUCUCGGAGCCGGACCGUUCGGCGGUUCUGUCCCAGGUGGGCUUAGUGGGACUCUGGGUGGCCCUCUAAGUGUAGCAGAGCACUGGGGUCCCGGUCGUCCUCCUCGCCUGCACACUCAGAGGAGGUUCCGAUCCAGAGGAAGCAGUCGACCGGAUCGCUCUCCCGCUGUCGAGGGAAUAGUACAGCAGUUUCUCGCAGGCCUUUUUGCCAAUUCAGGAGUACCAGGUUCUCCUCCGCUGUCAUGGACGGGCAUGCUGCACUCAAAUCCCGGGGACUACGCCUGGGGACAGGGAGGUCUGGAUGCAGUCAUCACACAGUUACUGGGUCAGUUCGAGAACACUGGUCCUCCUCCUGCUGAGAAAGAGAAAAUUUCCUCCCUCCCCACUGUUAUCAUCACUCAGGAACACACUGACUGCAAUAUGGAGUGCCCUGUAUGUAAGGAAGACUAUACGGUCGGUGAGCCGGUCCGGCAGCUGCCCUGUAACCACUUCUUCCAUAGUGACUGCAUCGUGCCCUGGCUUGAACUGCACGACACGUGUCCUGUGUGCAGGAAGAGCCUGAAUGGGGAUGAAAGUGGCACUCAGUCCUCGUCAGAGCCUUCCUCCUUAAACACUGAUCCUCGCACACCAGAGAGAUGGUCCUUCUGAAACACACACACACACACUUCCGCCCGUCUCAUCUGAGCUCUGUCUUAACCCAAGCUUGUUUGUCAGUCUUUCCUUUUUGUCAAUACUUAUGUGUUCAUCCUACCAUGAUGGUAUAUUUUUACUAUGGUUUAUUUACUUAUUUCUCUAACACUGUCCUUCUGAGUUGUGUCUAUGCCAAUGUAUCUAUAUCUUACCCAUAUUGAUUCCUUCCAGUUUUCUGCACAGCAUUUUCUUCAGUUCAUCCUUUCUUAUUCCUCCCCCGGGUGAACAAACAAACAUUGCAGGAUGAGGGUAGGGUCGGGCACAUAUUGUUGCUGUAGCAACACAACUCCCAACCCACAUUUAGAUCAUACAGUGUUUGGUUUCCCAGAGACGAGCUGUACUCCCCAGAUAGCGCCUCUUACCGUUCAAUGUGAAUUUUCUUUGGGAUGGGGUGGCGUGUCUUUGCGGUUGAUAAAACGUCGCUUUAGGCCCACAGGCCUUUCGUUGUUCUUGCAUCCUUUUUCUUUUCUCAACUUGUCCAGGGGAUCAUGAAGUUUUGUCUCUCUCCCCUCCAUCUCUGGUGUGUAUAUAUCACAAACCCAUCAAUGUCAUUCAGAUUAAUUUGAUUUAAAUCUUUUCACUCUCAUUUCUAUUACAGUUUUUUUUCUAAUGUAAAUAAUUUUAGUUGGAAGACUCAUUUAAGGAAGACAAAAAAAACAUUGAUGAUGAAAAUGACAAUGAAUCGCUAAAUAUUAAAGUAUAUAAAUAUAUAUUAUAUGAUGUGUAUGACCACGAU